CCAAGGGUGCGUAUGUGAAGACUGCUUUCAGUUGGAAAAGCUGUUAGCUAAUAUGUAUGAGCAGUAUAUAUAUAGAGAGACCCAUAUCACAAACAGCAGACAGCGAAAUCAAUGGCGACUCAUACGAGAUUCGCGGCGGCGCUGGUGGAGGUGGUGUCUUCUACGAUCCACAUCCGUCUCCUACUCAUCCUUAUGAUUCUAAUUGUAUCUGGAAACACCGGCGUAUUAGGCGGGAAAAAUGCGAGGAUUCAUAUUCCUGAUGAACUAGAUGAUGUGGUGGACGACGAGGAGGAUGAAGCGUGGAAGGAAUGGGGACGGAAGAAGAAAGUAGCAGAAGAGCCGUUUGAUCCGCCACCGACGGAUUUCUCGGAGAUGGACUUGGCUAAGAUGCAGGAUGAGAUGAUGAAACGUCAGCACGGACCGUCAUUUGGCUUCGUUAAGCUUCGGUUUGGCGUUCGGCGAACUCCGGAUAUGAUAACGGAAAUUGCAAUGAAAUGGAGCAAAAUUGCAAGAACAGGAGCCAUUGAGGUGAAAUUUAUGGGUGUUGAUGUGAGCACAAUCAUGUUCACUCUGGAAAAAGGCCAAGACACUCUAGAGUUGAAAGAAUUUAUAUUAAGUCAACCAGAGGCAUAUGAGAUUAAGAUUGGGGAUCGGCUUUUUCGAAGACCAGGAGAUCCUUCAUUUGAUGAUGUUUUUGCAGAUGACUACAACAAAAAGAACAACAUUCAUCCCUCAAUCCAUGAACAUGAGAAAGAUGAAUUAUAAUUAAAAGUUAAAACCUAACUCUAAAUAUUCUCCUUUGGAAUUUCUUGCUAGUUUCUGCAACAUUCAUCCCUCAAUCCAUGAACAUGAGAAAGAUCAUUUUUUUUUUGUCUAAUUAACUUGGGAUUCCAUGGGUAUAAACGAUCAGUUGUUUUAGAUUUAUGCUAUAGUUCACAGAUAACGAUUUUUCCCCAAUUGAUUAAUCAUUCUUUUACUUUUGCAUUAAUUUGUUAAUUUGCAUAACAAUAAAAUAAAGAUGUAGAACAUCUCCAACUCAA